CUUGACUCAUACGGAGAGCAGAGGAGUGAUCUGUUCGUGUUUUGAGAUUGCAGUGUCUGUGUUUCUCCAUGCUCGUGCUUCAGCUCAGAUGGGACACGGAAGUGCAGCGGCUGUCUGGCACAUGAACGCGCGCGGCUGGUCUCUCUGGCGGGACAUCCCAGUUACGGGAUGCUGAACGGGAGCCGUGAGGGUUUGUUUGAACUGGGCAGGCAGCUCCAGCAGGAAGGAGACUCUCAAGCUGCUCUGCACUGCUUUCUGAGCUGCCUGCUGGGACUCACACAUGUGCAGAGCUUCCACUCGCUGCCCAACUGCCUGCAUCAGAUUGCUGAACUCUACAUUGAUGAGAAGAAUUAUGGGAAAGCACUGCAGUUCAUUCAGGCGGAGAAGAUGUUUUACGAAGUGGCAUUGAUCGAGCUCACCUCGCUGCAGGCCAGCACAGGCAGGUCCACUUUUUAUGGCUUUAUGUAA